AUGCCAGAUUUGGAAAGGAUGCCAUCAAGGGACCAAAGGGAUCAUAAUAGUCUCCCUAAGUUGCCAGUUCCAGCCCUGCAACAAACACUGAAGAUGUAUUUGAAAUGCAUGAGGCACUUAGUACCUGAAGAGCAAUUUAAAAGGACCAAGGCCAUCACAGGGAACUUUGGCGCACCUGGUGGACUCGGAGAGUUCCUUCAGAUGAAGCUACUGGAAAGAAGAGAGGUUAAGGCCAACUGGGUAUUUGACUACUGGAUUGAAGAUAUGUAUUUGAAUAACAGAUUAGCACUACCUGUCAACUCUAGCCCUGCCAUGGUCUUCCCAAAGCAGACCUACAGAACACAGAGUGAUGCACUCAGAUUUGCGGCUCAUCUAAUUUCAGGUGUACUGGAAUACAAGUGUCUACUUGACGGCAAUACUCUUCCAGUGGACGUAGCACGAGGGCAACUAGCGGGCACUCCCUUGUGUAUGGAACAGUACUACAGGCUAUUUACCUCUUACCGCCUACCUGGACCAAAAACAGACACACUGGUGGCGCAGAAAAGCAGCGUAAUGCCAGAACCAGAGCACAUCAUAGUGGCCUGUAAAAACCAGUUUUUCGUUCUUGAUGCUGUGAUCAACUUCCGGCGGCUCAAUGAAAAGGAUCUGUUAACUCAGUUACAGAAGAUUAGGAAGAUGGCUGAGAAUGAGGAGGAACACCUGCCUCCUAUAGGACUGCUUACUUCAGACGGUCGGACUGAGUGGGCGGAGGCUCGUAAUUUCCUUGUUAAAGAUUCUACCAACAGAGACUCUCUGGAUAUGAUUGAGCGCUGCUUGUGUUUGGUGUGUCUGGAUGAACCGAGUGGCAUGGAGCUGAGUGACACAAACCGAGCCAUGCUGAUGCUCCAUGGAGGGGGGCCGGACAGAAAUGGGGGAAACCGCUGGUAUGACAAACCUAUGCAGUUUGUGGUAGGUGAAGACGGCUGCUGUGGUGUUGUUUGUGAACACUCACCCUUUGAGGGAAUCGUAUUGGUCCAGUGCACAGAAUAUCUAUUAAAGUACAUGAGAGGCAGCCCUUCAAAGCUGGUAAGGGCAGCGAGUGUGAGUGAGCUGCCAUCUCCACGGCGACUGCGCUGGAAAUGUUCACCAGAUAUUCAGAAAUCCCUCACGGCUUCAGCAGACAAAUUACAAAUGCUUGCUGGAAAUCUAGACAUAAAUGUCCAUACAUUUACCUGCUAUGGUAAACAGUUUAUCAAGAAACAGAAAAUGAGCCCAGAUGCUUACAUACAAGUAGCUUUGCAGUUUGCAUUUUACAGAUGUCAUGGAAGACCUGUGCCAACCUAUGAGAGUGCAUCAACUCGGCGCUUCCAACAGGGCAGAGUGGACAACAUUCGCUCUUCUACUGCUGAGGCUUUAGCAUUUGUAAAAGCUAUGACUGAUGAACAGUCCAGUUUGACAAGUGCACAGAAGAUGGAGAAGUUAUGGGAUGCUAUUAAGGCCCAAACCAAUUAUACAGUCCUGGCUAUUACAGGAAUGGCAAUAGAUAAUCACUUACUUGGAUUGAGAGAGAUUGCAAAGGAGCUCAACCUGGAGAAACCAGAAAUGUUCAGAGAUGAGACCUACAUCUUCAGCAAUCAGUUUAUUCUUUCUACAAGUCAGGUUCCCACGACCACAGAGAUGUUUUGCUGCUAUGGUCCUGUGGUCCCCAAUGGCUACGGUACUUGCUACAAUCCCCAGUCGGACCACAUAAUUUUCUGUGUGUCCAGCUUCCGUGACAGCCCAGAGACCUCCUCUGACAUGUUUGUGAAAACUCUAGUGCAGUGCCUGAGGGAAAUGCGAGAUCUGUGCCAAGUAUACAACACUCACACCAUGCCAAAAAACCCCACACCAAGGAAUGAGGAUACCUCUGAGGCUGUGAAGAAUGGGGGAAAGAUAUAG